AUGACCACAUCGUCGAGUUCGGAGACACCGACGCCUCCUGCGAUCGUCGACAAAGGUGCGGAUAACUUUCGCAAAUUCUUCCAGCAGCCUGUCGUAGCUUCCUUCGUCGCCGGUGGCGUUGCAGGCGCCGUGUCCCGCACCGUCGUAUCGCCGCUCGAACGUCUCAAGAUUCUUUUCCAGGUCCAGAGCGUGGGUCGCAAUGAAUACAAGAUGUCGGUCCCCAAGGCAUUGGCGAAGAUGUGGCGAGACGAGGGCUGGAGGGGCUUCAUGGCUGGGAACGGGACCAAUUGCAUUCGGAUCGUGCCUUAUUCGGCAGUGCAGUUCGGCGCAUACAAUGUCUACAAGAGGUUCUUCGAGAGUGAGCCGGGCGCGCCCCUAGACGCAUACCAACGACUCCUCUGCGGCGGCCUCGCCGGCAUCACUUCCGUCACCUUCACCUACCCCCUCGACAUCGUCCGCACCCGCCUCUCCAUCCAAUCCGCCUCCUUCGAGACCCUAAAACGCGAUGCAGGCCAGAAGCUCCCCGGCAUGUGGGGCAUCAUGGGCAGCAUGUACAAGAACGAAGGCGGCUUCUUCGCGCUCUACCGCGGCAUCAUCCCCACCGUUGCAGGCGUGGCGCCCUACGUCGGCCUCAACUUCAUGGUUUACGAGAUGGCGCGCACACAAUUCACACCCGAAGGCCAGAAAGACCCCAGCGCGGUAGGAAAGCUAGCUGCGGGUGCGGUAUCCGGCGCCGUCGCCCAGACAUGCACCUACCCGUUCGAUGUCCUUCGGCGACGCUUCCAAGUCAACACCAUGUCCGGCAUGGGCUACCAGUACUCAGGCAUCGGCGACGCGAUUCGGAAUAUCGUGAAGACGGAGGGUCCACGCGGGCUGUACAAGGGCAUCGUGCCGAAUCUGCUCAAGGUCGCGCCUAGCAUGGCGAGCAGCUGGCUGAGCUUCGAGAUGACGCGUGAUUUCGUGAUGGGCAAGCAGCGGGAGAACUUCUUGUAG